AUUUUUUGUCCUUCUUCUGCUUUCGUUUCAAUUUUCGUGCUCCGCUGCUUGCCAGCUAUUUGAUCAAAUUGAUUGCCAUGGAUGUAAAAUGCACAAUCAUUCCCGCCCCAGGCAAUCAGCCGGAUGUGAAAUCUGACGCUCUCCGCGUGUUUGAAGUGCUCCGCGCUGGGGGAGUAGCCCUUAUUCCCACGGAAGUCGGGUAUGGUCUCAUGGCCUCAUCGACCGAAGCCAUCCAAAAAGCGUUCGCGGCAAAAAAACGUCGACCGGGCCACGCGCAAGGCAUCAUUGGAUCAUACCAAUUGCAUCAGCAGCUGCAUGUGCUCCCCGACGAGAAAAUGGACAUGAUCCGCGUGCUGCAUCAGGACCUCGAUCUCCCAUUUGGGAUCGUCGCGCCAUUUCGAUCGGAGCAUCCGAUCCUUCAACAGCUCACGCCUGCCACGUUGGCCAACACCACGAAAAAUGAAACCCUGGGGAUAUACAUCGGUGGGAGUUCGCUGUUGAUUGAGUUGGGUCGGCUGAAUGAUGAGGCGGGUCAGUUGAUGCUUGGGUCGAGUGCCAAUUUGACAGGGACAGGGCAGAAGUUCCGCGUCGAGGAUAUCGAUCCGGAGAUCAAGGAGGCCGCCGACAUUAUUGUGGAUUAUGGGCUCCAAAGAUAUCACAUCUACGGUGGACGUCCUUCUUCAAUCAUUGACUUUGAAAAUAUGAAGGUCCUUCGGGUGGGUUCUUCGUAUGAGCUAUUGAGGGAGCGCAUGAGCAAGUAUUGGGGCGUCGACUUGCCGGAGGACCCCAUGUUUAAUGUCUCUGAAUCGGAAAAGAAGGAGAAGGAAGAAAAGACCGAACCUCCAAAACAGGAACAGCAGGAGGUGAGACACGAUCAGCCGAUACCUACAACGGUGGAAAAGAAACAAGGCUAUUGGCGACGGUUGGCGGCCAAAUUGCAGAAGAGCUGAAGCUCCGAUACCCUAACAGAUGGAACAAGUGGGCCAUAUUUGUAAAUACUUGGGCAUUAGCAUUGCAGCAUAGUGGUA